UGUUACAACUGUUAUAUCACGAAUGUAAACAACGAAAUCAGGACAUAAUAAAAAAUUUCGCGAGGAAUAAUUUAUCUGUAAUUCGCGAAGCAGACGAUUUUUGCAAAUGUCAAUCGUAUAUGUCAAAAUAUAUUAUACACGUGUCCGAUAAUGUUAGGGACGAUUUUUUCGUCUAUUCUAAAUGAAUAAAAAACGAGAAGAAUCGAUGAGUUUUUUUCUCCAGAGCAAUUCCACAGGACUCGCACGCAAAUCGACUAUUUUAUUAACGACUAACACGAAAGAAGCAUGCAUGAUUAAACACAGAUAGUUGCAAGCUGAAAGAAAAAAUUGUAAUGAAUAAGACUUAAAUCGUGCAACACUUUACGUUUAAUUUGCAUUUAAUCACGAAACUGUCAUAUAGUGGUGGCAUGGAGCAGAUAAAAGUACGCUUAUAACAGAAUAUCAUAUGUAUCUAUGGUAAAGGGAUAUGACUUGUCAUGAUAUCAUCCUUUCGCCUAAUCAAAUGCAAGAUUUGAUAGUACGCUUGUAUCAUUGUUCUGUAAAUGUAACUUAAAUAAGAUAGGCAAUAACUCGCGAAAGUAAAUCACAAGAAAAUUGUGGGAAUGGGCAAUUGUUUGUGUAAAGAUUCCCCAGAGCUUGAGACAUAUGGCAGUAACAAUCAUGCACAAACUCAAAAUACCAUAAUACCAGAGCCAAGCAUAAAUUUGGUUUCAUCUAGCGAUUCGGCAUCAUCUUCCUUUAAGUUUCCCACAUCGGCAAACAUUGAUAAACUUGUAUUAGAGACACUCGGAAGUCUUGAUACUCUGGUAGAUAAUGAUCAUGAGCCACCGCCAGCAAUGUUAAAAUUGAAUGCCAUUGCGGAUAAGGAAGAUGGUUGGAUACAAGUAGUUAGCUCUAUGGUCAAUGUUAUUCCAAUGCACAAUCCAUUAGGACCUUCUGUUAUAAUAUUACUAUUAGAUGACUGCCCUUUACCUUCAAAGGAUUCUGUACUACGAUUAUCACAUAUGUUUCAAUUAUCUCAAAGACUUGGACAAAUACAAAUUACAGCUACACAGCAACGCAAUAUAUGUGUCGUACUUGGUUGUAUUGCAGAAAAACUUGCUGGCCCUAGUAGUAUAGCAAUAUUAUCUGAUGCAACUUUAGAUUAUCUUGUUUCAAAUUUGCGAGAGGAUGUUGAGCCUUAUGUAAUGUUAUAUUCUUUAAUAGCUCUAGAGAAAUUUGCACAGACAAGUGAAAAUAAGGUAACUAUUAAGAAACGCCUUAUGUCAGAAAAGCAAAAUCCAUUGCUAGAAUUGGAGAAAUGGGCCACAGAAAUACAUUAUGUACGUCGUCAAGUUGGUUUCUGUGCACAGUGGUGUUUAGAUAACUUAUUCUUAAUGGAAGGUAGAAAAUAUUCCCACGACUCAGUCGAUGUGACGGGUAUUAAUGUAAUGUUAAAUACAAAGGAUGUAAGCGAGUACCUGAAAAUAUCACCUAACGGUUUGGAGGCGCGGUGUGAUGCAUAUUCAUUCGAAAGUGUACGAUGCACGUUUCAAGUAGAUUCAGGAAUAUGGUAUUAUGAAACACUGAUAAUCACUACAGGAGUAAUGCAAAUUGGAUGGGCCACGAAGGAUAGCACAUUUCUAAAUCAUGAGGGAUAUGGUAUAGGAGAUGAUGAGUUUUCUUUGGCCUAUGAUGGCUGUCGCAGACUGAUUUGGUAUAAUGCAAGAAGUGAAAAAUUUCACGACAGGCCAUGCUGGAAAUCUGGUGAUAUUCUGGGUUGCUUAUUGGAUUUAAAUAAAUUCGAGAUAAUAUUUUCGAUCAAUGGUGUACCACUUAAACCAUGUAUUCAAGUCUUUAAAACAGUUAGAUCUGGAUUCUUUGCAGCAGCUAGUUUCAUGUCAUUCCAACAAUGCCUAUUUAACUUUGGAAAUGCACCUUUUAAAUAUCCGCCUACAGAUCGAGAAUUUCAGAAAUUUAAUGAUUAUGCUACAUUGAAACCAGAAGAUAAAAUCAUACUUCCCAGACAUAUAUACCUAGACCAAUUACGAAGACUUAGUGUUAGGGAAGAUUCCUGUACAUUAUGUUUUGAUCAAAAGGCAUCAGUGAGGUUACUGCCAUGUAACCAUAGAGGAUUUUGCCAAAGGUGUUCAAAACAGCUAAUUGAAUGCCCAAUGUGUAGAGCUACUAUUGAAGAAGUAGCCUCAGAUAACAUAUGACAUCGAUCA